AUGGACAAUACUCUCGGAGGCUUCUGUGCCACCACCUACCUUUCAUUCCACAGUGAUGGCCUAAAGGAGGUCUUCAUCGCUGGCGGUAUCCCACCUGUGGUCGACUCUCCCAACCCAGUUUACGAAGCCCUCGUUGUUUCUCUAGUGAGGGUGGAGGAACAACGCAAGGUUUACUAUGCAAAGUAUCCUCAAGAAGUUCCAAAUAGGCAACAAUGUAGUCAUUCCGAACAGCGGGAACCUGGCAACAACUUGGCCGGCAGUUUGGAGCGCAUGGUAGGUUUCGAUCUACUGCGAAAGGAUGGCUUUUCAUAUUAUAUGCUGAGGCGGCAUCGAUCGGGUUCAUCAGCUCGUGUUCCGAGCGAUCACAGACUUGGACACGUUUGGGAAGUGCUUCACGAGCCUAUCUAUUGCCAAGGGUGCAAGGCAGGCUGGUCUGCGCAGCCCAUCAUCCAGAAGAACGACAAGUUUGUUUGGGAAAAAGUGAGGCUCAUGUCCGAUGAUGUCCCCAUUUACUUCAUGGGGCAGAUGGUAUGUCUUCUGCAACAGGCAGCGUCUGUCAUUGGCAACCUGGAACAACUCAUCACCGGUCAGAGUUUCCAUAACGGUAUACGCAAGCGCAUGGAAAGCAUUUUAACGACCCUUUUCGAGCUGUCUAAACGGGAGCGCGAUUAG